AUGUCUGCCGGUUCUGUUCUUGUCGCUGGUGGUACGGGCUACAUUGGCUCGUUCACCACCUUGGCCCUGCUUGAGGCUGGGUACAAGGUUGUUGUCACUGACAACCUGUACAACUCCUCCGUUGAGGCCUUGAACCGCAUUGAGCUCAUCUGUGGCAAGAAGGCUGAGUUCGUUAACGUCGAUGUCACUGAUGAGGCUGGCUUUGACAAGGUCUUCGAGGCCCACCCUGACAUCGACAGCGUUAUUCACUUCGCUGCUCUGAAGGCUGUUGGUGAGUCCGGUGAGAAGCCUCUGGACUACUACAUGGUCAACGUCUACGGCACCAUCAACCUUCUGCGCUCCAUGGUCCGCCACAAUGUCACCAACAUUGUCUUCUCCAGCUCUGCCACCGUCUACGGCGAUGCCACCCGUUUCCCCAACAUGAUCCCCAUCCCCGAGGAGUGCCCUCUGGGUCCUACCAACCCUUACGGAAACACCAAGUUCGCCGUUGAGACCGCCAUCACCGACGUUAUCAACGCCCAGCGCAACAACGCCAUCAAGGCCGGCAACGAGGCUGAGGCUAAGAAGUGGAACGGUGCUCUGCUCCGUUACUUCAACCCCGCUGGUGCCCACCCCAGCGGUAUCAUGGGUGAGGACCCCCAGGGUGUCCCUUACAACCUGCUUCCCCUGCUGGCGCAGGUCGCCACUGGCAAGCGCGAGAAGCUGUUGGUCUUCGGUGACGACUAUGCCUCCCACGAUGGUACCGCCAUCCGUGAUUACAUCCACAUCCUGGAUCUUGCGGACGGUCACCUGAAGGCCCUGAACUACCUCCGCGCUAACAACCCCGGUGUCCGCGCCUGGAACCUCGGUACCGGUAAGGGUAGCACUGUCUACGAGAUGAUCCGUGCUUUCUCCGCUGCUGUGGGCCGUGAUCUUCCUUACGAGGUUGCUCCCCGUCGUGCUGGUGAUGUCCUGAACCUCACUGCCAACGCUAACCGUGCGACCAACGAGCUUGGCUGGACCCCCUAA